AUGACCACCAUGCGCAGCUCGACCGAGUCCUUCUUCUCACAUUCGUCGGACACCACCGAUACGUCGUGCAACUCGUACUACAAUGUGGCGUCCGCCACACCCUUGCCACGACAGGAGCUCAAGCAGCCCACUGUGUCCAAAACCAUUGAAAUCAUCAGAGACCCGCGCUGCAGAGGAACUUUUGACAUUGGAGACGAAAUCUGCGGAUCAAUCUUCUUCACCCCCGACAGAGACAUCAAAGUGGACCGACUCUCCAUCCACUUUUGCGGCAUUCAAACCUCGUCCUUCAAGGCCACUAUGGACGACACAAAAGCCUCAUGGAACUUUCUGAAGCAACGAAUUACCACCGACGAAACCCUCAAUGCCGCCCAGAGAGGCUACGAACGCAUCCAGGAAGGAGAUACCUUGAAACCUGGCCACAAAUACGCCCUGGACUUUUCGCUCUUUGUACCCCACGAGUUGCCCGAGGUGGCUCAGCGACUCACAGGUCUUUCUCUCAACAGAAGACUGCCUCCGUCGCUGGGAUCGUCGCUGUCCUGGGAAGAGCCAGCGUUAGAUGUGCCCGGCAAGGUGGCCACUAUCAUCUACGAGAUCAAGGUCAACAUUUGGGAUGAAGGGGCUCGAAAGAACCACCAGAGAAUCAUGCCUGUUCGUGUCAUCCCUUCCUAUCCCGUUGUGGAACUCCAGCAUCACCAGAGUGCCAUCUCCUCUUCCUGCGACCUUAAAAAGAAGAGUCUGAUGAGUAGUAAAAAGAUUGGAAGCAUUGCUGCCCACGUCCCGCCCUCUGUGGUUCUCAAAAUCCCGCAAACCGAGAUUGACCAAGGCCUGUACGCCAUCUCCAAUAACGGCCCUUACAUGGACAACACAUCCCCUGUCGAAAUCAAGCUGGAGUACAAGCCUGAGGCUGGUGUCACUCAUGUGCCGGAGGUCAAGCUCAUCACUACCCGAAUCCACUCCGACACUUUCCGAGCCUCAAAGGGCAUGAGUUUUGUUCCCAACCUCGAAGUCAUUGAGGAGCAGAGGAAGCAGUUCAGUGCGUGCACAAACAACUCCAGUUCUCCCGGUAUCCUCAAGCUUACGACUCAGAACGAUUUGCUGGGAUGCAAGGAGCUGAAGGAAGAGUGGGUCCCCUGUGCUGAUGGUGGGUUCGAAAUGGUUGUUAGGGUACCUGUUUCCAUUCCUCGAAAACCCAAGUUCAUCCCCUCCUUCUACUCUGCAUUAGUAUCUCGACAGUACCGUCUCGAGGUCCAUAUCACCGUGGAUCGUCAAAAGAUUCAAAUGUUUGUUCCUGUGCAGCUGGCGACCAGGAACUACACGCCCUGGAACUCCAGGGACACCCCCGAGGAGGAGUUGCCCAAGUAUGAGGCUCAGAGCACCAACUACGUGGAUGUUUCAGACUCUGUCUACUUCCCUGCUCCUUCUGUUGAGCGACCUGCUGACCAAAACGAAGACUCUUAUCCAGGGGAGAACAAGUCUGUAUACUAG